CCUGAGUGCCAUUCACAGAUGGGAAGACUUGGGGUCUGGGGCGUCCGGAGCCCAGUCCACGGCUGGAACUCAGGUCCAUCUGACCCCGGAGCGCACCCUCCUCACCCCAGGCAGGAAAUGUUCCUCCUAGUGAGUAGGAACUGGUGCUCAUACGUGGUGACAAGAACCAUCUCGUGCCAUGUGCAAAAUGGCACCUACCUUCAGCGAGUGCUACAGAACUGCCCCUGGCCCAUGAGCUGCCCGGGGAGCAGCUACAGAACGGUCGUGAGGCCCACCUACAAGGUGAUGUACAAGACAGUGACUGCCCGCGAGUGGAGAUGCUGCCCUGGGCAUUCAGGAGUGAGCUGCGAGGAAGUUGCAGGCACCUCCGGCUUCAGGGAGCCCACGUGGGCGGGCAGCACCGUGCGGCGGAUGGCGCUUCAGCCCGCAGCCUUCGCAGGUUGUCUCAACUGCAGCAGAGUGUCCGAGCUGACCGCGAGGCUGAAGGUGCUGGAGGCCAAGGUGGCUGUGCUGACUGUCCCAGGGCGGGCAGUGCCCUCAACGCCGGCUACCCCUGAGGACCCUUCUCCACUCUGGGGCUCCCCAGCUGCCCAGGGCAGCCCUGGAGAUGGAGGCCUGCAGGGGCUACCUGGAACCAGAGAGAGCAUGAGGGCCCUGCCGCUCCCUCAAGAUGACCUAGGGGGUCCUCGGGGGCUGCCUGGGCCUACCGGCCCCAAAGGAGAUGCUGGCAGCCAGGGCCCCACAGGGAUGAGAGGCCCACCAGGUCCCCAGGGCCCCCCAGGGAGCCCUGGCCGGGCUGGACCUGUGGGAACCCCUGGAGAGAGGGGACCUCCAGGACCACCAGGGCCCCCUGGUCCCCCGGGACCCCCAGCCCCUGUUGGGCCAUCCCAGGCCAGGAUCUCCCAGCAUGGGGACCCAUUACAUUCCAACACCUUCACUGAGACUAGCAGCCACUGGCCCCAGGGACCCCCAGGUCCCCCUGGUCUUCCAGGGCCCAUGGGUCCCCCUGGACCUCCUGGUCCCACAGGUAUCCCCGGGAGUCCUGGACACAUGGGACCUCAAGGCCCCACUGGACCCAAAGGAGUCCCUGGCAAUCCAGGAGAGAAGGGCGAGAGAGGACUACGUGGGGAGCCUGGCCCCCAAGGCUUCACGGGGCAGCAGGGAGAACCUGGCCCCAAAGGAGAUCCUGGUGAGAAGAGCCACUGGGCUCCUAGCUUACAGAGCUUCCUGCAGCAGCAGGCUCAGCUGGAGCUCCUGGCCAGACGGGUCACCCUGCUGGAAGCCAUCAUCUGGCCAGGGCCCUGGUUCAUUGGACUCCAUCAGCAAAACACCUCCACCUGGCCCAGGGAAAAUACAGGGCCCCAAAUUUGAUCAUGUCAUGACCAAUCUUAGUGACCAGACCUACAGAAGAUCUGAGUCCAAGCCACACCAAUCUAGUGACCCUAAUAGUCCAGGAUUUACUGUAAAAACCAUUUUUCACUCCUGCUCACAUUAAACCUAUUUUAUCGCAAGAGUGUGACAACUGGAGUGUUAUCUCCACAUUCCAGAUGAGGCUGAAAAGUUGGUGGCUUGCCCAAGGCCACCUAACUGGGACAUGGUGGGGCCAGGGCUUGACCCUAUAGUUGGUGCAGGAGCUAAUGCUUAGUGCCACGCUCCUCCCAGGCUCCAUCAUAAGAUUGUCCCUCAACAGUGACUGCACACGCCUGUCUUCUCCGGAGAUCCCACGUCUCUGCCCAGGGGCAUGUGGGCGCUGGCAGUUAGGAUAGUGACAGAGCCCACGCCCUGGCGGUGCCCUCUGCAGAGUCCACAUGACUGUCCUGGAAAUGGCUCUGAAGGCUCAGCCAAGUCUUCUACCCUGGGGCUCUCCUUGCUAAGUGUCCCUCUCCUGCUAGAAAAAUAGUACUCUGUCUCAUUUAGCUUUAAGAGGCAGAGCUGAGAGGCACAGGAGGAUUCCUGGAGGAUGAAGUUCCUGCUCUGGAUUUUGAAGGAAGUUUUCCAAGUGCCAACAAUGCCCAUUAUUCUGUUUCACUUUGGGGUACAGCUUACAUCUAGAUUGGGACAUAUCUCACCACAGUCCCAUUGGAAUUUUCACCUUCAUUUAAUUAAUUUAUUUUAAAUAUAUUUUUAGUUGUAGUUGGACAUAUUACUUUUAUUUAUGUGGUGCUGAGAAUCGAACCCAAUGCCUCACAUAUGCGCUCCCACAAUCCCACAAGCACCUAGCCCCAACCCCAACCCUGACUUCAGUAAUUACUGGAGCUGCCUAGGCCCUCUCAGGGACUUAUCUGGAAAUGUUCCUGAUUUGAUUUUAUUAUUUAUUUACUUUUUUAUUUUUUGUGGUGCUGGAGAUGGAACCCAGGGACUUGCACAUGCUCUGCAAGCGCCCUACCAGUGAUCCCUGAUCCACCCCAUCUCUGAAUCACCCUUGAUUUUUGAGACAGAUGAGACCCUGACAAGGGUUCAGCUUGCCGCUACACAGUAGAUCAGUGGGGGAAACUGGCUCUCCUAAGUCCUUGCCCCAACUUCUGGCCUAACCCAAGGACAGUCAGUCUGUUCUCUAGCCUCUGUUUACCCAGCUACAAAAUGGGUAUGAUACAUGGCACACCUUCACUCCAAAAUUAGGAAAGCAGAAAAAAAGAACUAAAGGUGUAGCUCCAUGGUAGAGCGCUGGCCUCUCAUGCAUGAGGCCCUGUGUUCCAUCCCAGCACUGCAAAAAAAAAAAAAAAAGACCACCAGUUUCACAUGGAGCGUUUGCUCUACGCAGAACAGUUCAUAUAAACACAGUAGGUCUGGUUAUUAUCCCCA